AUAACCAGUGUUUUAGCCACUUUAUAUGUUGUGAUAAAAAACAAAUGCUCGACAAAACUAAUCGAAUUGUUCAACGUUUCAGUUGCAGGGUAACGAUCGAAAUAAUAGCAUUUUUCCUCAAAAGUUUAAAGGUCAUGAAACUUUUUUUUUCAUCCAGUAAAUGCGAGAGGGAACUUCCUAAAUGCUGUCAAAAAUCUGGCGAAUCAUAAGCAACGACCUUGAAGGAAUUAGUUUUUAAAUACCCGUUUAUUUAUAAUGCGAUUCACUUUUCCCUCAUAAUUCAGAACUUGCAUAAACUUUUCAAGGCUUUGUAGUCGUUAAAUAAUGACCUGUAUAAUUUAACAUGAUAAUGUAAAUGACACAGAAAUUACUAUAUUUUUUUAAGAAAUGCGUAUUGUCUACAAUACAAAAUAGCUGCAUUGAAUUACUCCUUUACUUCGCAUCCAAUGAAGAUUAGAAUUAUUUUCGCCAUUGUAUUUGGAAAUUUUAAACCCAAAAGGGAAUAGUGAAAAAAUUGUGUGAAGAAUUCCUAAUUAAUACAUCCGAGGAUUAAUAUUACAACAAUAAAAGAAUAUGAAUGUUUUCAAUGUCAUUAGAGAUACUCUAUAUUCUGGAGAUCCACUUGUCCGGACAUGGUUUUUGGUGGAGAGCAAUUAUUUACCCUUCGUGAGCAGUAUUGUGUAUGUGCUGUUUGUGAAAAAGGUGGGACCUGCUCUUAUGAAAAACAGGAAACCUUUUGAACUUCGCAACCUCAUGAUUGUAUAUAAUUUCUUCGUCGUCUUUGCAUACGCAGGAUCACUUUUAUUUCUAUUUUCCCUUCCAUUUUGGACACCGGCUCUCGAAAAGAUAUGCGAACCUGCAGUAAUUACAAAAGACAAUUGGACAUACUUGGUUGCGAACGUAGCUUGGGUUAUAUAUGCAUUAAAAUAUCUAGAAUUUGCUGAUACGAUAUUUUUUGUUCUAAGAAAAAAGAGUAGACUAAUAACCAACUUACAUGUUAUUCAUCAUGCUGCAUUGCCUAUUAUUGCUUGGGUAUUUAUGAGAACAGAAACCAGUGGUUUCCAAUUUUUUCCUGCCGGUUUGAAUUCUUUCAUUCACAUUAUAAUGUAUACUUACUAUGGCCUGGCAGCAAUGGGACCCGAAGUACGAAAAUAUUUGUGGUGGAAAGAGUACCUAACCCAGUUGCAGAUGUUGCAGUUCGUUAUCAUCAUUUCGUUCGUGACUGUAAUUGUGCCACUCAGUGGAUGCCAAACAACUCAACAUGGAAUAUACAUUGAAAUUAUCGCCGCUAUUAUUUUCUUGGCUCUCUUCUGCAAUUUCUACAUACAAACAUAUAAAAAGAAACCAUUGAAACAGAAUGUAGAAUUACAAAAUUCGAAAUCACAUUCACAUUCCAAUGGAAAUUCCAACUCAUCUGGUAAUGAUCAAAAUGACCAUAGAAACCAAUUUGGUAUUUCAAAUGGUGUUAAUGGUGAAUUGAGAAAAAGAUAAGAUUUAAAUUAUUGUGAUUGUUUUAAAUAAAAAUUUCGUAAAAGA